GGCGAAACGGUUCUCCACAUCGCGGCGGCGGAGCUGGGGUACCGGACCGUACGGUUUCUCUUGUCUUCUGGGGCGAACGUUCGAGCGCGAGAUAAUCAGGGACGCGAGCCCUUGAACAGAGUUCCGUUUCUUUUUGAUAAGAAGCCAGCCGUGCAGGAGAUUGUCCAUCUUCUUUUGGAACGCGGCGCUGAUGCUAACGGGGGGAGACAUAUGGAGUCGCAACCCCUGCACUGCGCUGUCGUGAGAGGAUGGACGGAAAUUGUGCAGGAGCUCGUAAAUCAUGGUGCGGAGAGAAAUGCUCGU